GAAUUACGGUGAUUCACUGUGAUUUUACGGCAGCUACAAAGUAUAGCUUUUGGAAAAUCACGGUAGAUCAUCGUGAUUCUGACAUAUUCACCGUGAAUACUUGCUAUUUAUUUGGUAUAUAAUAUAACAGACAAAAUUUAACGCGCAAAUUAGUCUAAGAUAAUAGUAAUUGACUUGGUCUUUGUAUUUAAUUUUUUAAGUCUUCAACCUGUCUGAAUAAAUUUGAUGUCCCCUCUUUCAACUUCAUUCUAUAUUAUAUUGUGUAAAACAUUUGCUACAAAUUUCUCAUAACAUUUGUUGUUCAUCAUAAGCACUUUCUCAAUUAAUCCAUUCUCUGAUUUUCCAAUUUCAAUUUCUUCAUGGCAAAUCUUGGAGUUGGAACUACACAAAGAAUACCAACUUCCUCAAAACCUUCAUCCCCAACAACUGACACACAUGAACCAAAAGAACAACAUGAAAAACCAUUUGCUGAUUUCAAAUUCUAUUGUCCAAUUAACAUUCCCUUAACAGCAGAAGCUGCAGCAUUUCGCAUAAUCAAAAAUUUAGGAAAUCUUGGGUUAUACUACACACUUUUUAUUUGGAUCAUACUCUUCAUAACCCUCAUACCGGCACGUAAAGUAUCAUUGAUUCUGUUGGUUAUCAUGACUUAUGUGACAACCCUUUAUUGUUUAAUCCUAAGGUCAUUUCCCAAUUCAUUUGUGCUUCAUAGAAUUCUAGAUAAAAGGAUUGUAUUGAGUUUGUUAUUUAUUGCAACUGCGAUUCAGCUGAUUUUGACUGGUGCAGGUAUUCAUUUUGCAAUUACUUUGACCUCUAGUGUGCCUGUAGUUUUGCUUCAUGCUGUUUUAUGGAUCACUAGUUAUGAAUAUGAUGCCUAUGAGACUCAGGAAGGUACCGGUAAAGAAGAAUUGGCUCCUCUUACUAGCCAUAAUGAUAGUCAAACUCAGAACUCGGACGCUGUUUGAUUUUGAGAAGUCCUCGUGUUGCAACUCGUUUGUAAAAUUUUAAGAAUUAAGAUGUUGUUUGAUUUAUAUGUCCUUUUAUAUGAGCAUGAAUACAUGUGUAAAGUAUAUCUUUACAAUUAUAUUGAAUAAAACUUGAA